CUGGAGUUGAUCAUUCUGAGCGCAGACCCACGGUAGGUUGUGGAUUAAAUAUUGCUAGCGCCCGGAAGGUCCUGGUAGCCAAGUGUGUGCGUCGCUGCGGCUGCGGGUGCCGAUGGGAGGAAACAGCCCGAGUCACUUCUCCCGUGAGGAUGGUGAAGGCGGGGGAGUUACUUUUGUGAAGGGCAUUCGGCUGUCGGACAAAGUCAUCAACCGGAUGAGACAGUCCUCAAAGGUCGUCUGUCCUCAGCUCUCACAGAAUGGACGUCCUCCUUCACACCCACCUGAAACGCAAACACCCACCUCAGUUCCCGCCCCCUCUGUUGAACACCUGUUACCCCUUCUGACACCUCCUCCUGCUCCAUCCAUCCCCCCUCCACCUCUUCCUCUUUCUCCUCCUCCUCCUCAGGAAGCCCCAUCUACACCUCCAUCGGUGGAACCUGCUCCUCCUCCUCCUAGAAAGCUCGUCCCCCCUCCUCCUGUGAAGUUUCACUCCCUUAUUCCAACCUCUGUUGAGACAAAAACUCCACCUCUGACCGACCCCGCCGUCUCGGCCCCACCUCCUCCUCCAUCCGCAGUUUCUCCACAAGUCAAAACAACUGUGGAGCCUGCAUCUCCUCCUGCAGUGGAGCCAGUAGUUCUGCCUCCUCCCGAACCCGUCGUCACACCUCGCGUAGAGCCAGAAAGUCCGUUUACACCGCCAGUUGCGGAGCAAGUCAUCGAACCUUUUGUCCUUCCUCCACCUGUAGAGCCAUCCCCAGCAGCUGCAGCUCCAUCUGAACCUUUAGCUUCAUCUCUUCCCUCUGAACCUGUGAAACCAGUACCUCCAGCUACUGAACCUGCUGCUGCAGCUCCAGCUGUGGACCUUCUUGAAACUGUCGUCCCUUCAGCUCCACCAGCAGAAGCGGUUCAGCCUCCACCUACUGUUGAGCUUGCACCAGUUGAACCAAUAAUUACACCCUGUCCUGUUGAUUCAGCUCCAGCUGAAGCUGUAGUUUCACCUCCUCAGUUGGAGCCAGUAGUCCCACGUGCCCCAGCUGAAGAGGUGCUUCCAGUUGUGACUCCAGCUGUUGAUUCACCUCCUCCAUGGGAACUGGUUCCACCUCCACCUCCUCCAGAGCCAGUGGCAGCUCCCCCUCUUGCUCCAGAGCUCACUUUUGAGGACUCCCGCCCACCUCGUCACUGUGUGGAUCUGGCCGUCAUACCCGCUGGCGCACCUGUAGGUGAACCCCUCAUAGAGCCUCCAGCACCACCUCCAGCUCCAGCUCCAGCCCCAGUAGAGUCCACACCCAACCUGCCUCUGCCCCCUGUUGUUGAGGAUGAAGUGCCUGCUGUCGCCUCAGUGCCUCCGCCUGUUGUAGCAGCCUUGCCCGUUUCUCCUGAAGUGCUGGAGGAAGAGCUGAGGCAGAAGAUCAAAGAGGAGAUGCAGAGAAGUCUGGAGGAGGAGAUCAACCAGAAGAGGCAGGAGCUGCAGCAACAGCUGGAGGAGAUGAGGGCUCACGCUCAGGCAGAGGCCAAGGCAGCAGCUAAGGCUCAGGUGGAGGAGCAGGUGAAGAAGACGCUGGAGGCGGAGAAGGCGGCGUACAUGGAGAGCCUGACAGACUCCAUCAUGAAGGAGCGAAUGCAGACAGAGGAUGAGAGGCUCAUGGUGCAGCUUUAUUGGAUGGAGCUGAAGGCUCAUCAGCUGGAGGAGAAGGAGAAAGAGUUGAAGAAACGAGACGCUCUCUACAAGGCACAUGUUGCAAAACUUGAAACAAAGUGUACUGAGUUUUACAGAAUGACUGCUGAGAACUUUCAGAAGGGCAAAGAGGAGACACACAAACGAUUUGCGCGUUUCAGUAUCCAGCCAGUGUGUGGAGACCUGCAGAGUCAGAUUUUAAAAUGCUACAAGGAGAACACAGGAAAGACUCUGUCCUGCUCGAGUAUUGCCUCGGCCUACAUGCAGUGUGUGGACAACGCCAAGAAAAAUAAACUGAGCACCGGAGGUUAAUAUGGGCCACUUGACCAGGAUGUCGGUACAUGUGACAUUUUUACUGCUGCAGCAAAGAAAAGCCAAAGGAAAGAAAUCAACAAACAGACGAGUUACAGAGGACAGAGUCACAGGAGAAUCAACUAAGAUCCUUUACGUGUAUCUAGAAGAAGUGCCAUAUACCCUCAGAGUCCCUUUUCUGAUGUAGGCCAGUAAUGUGGUUUAGCUUUAGUUCAGCUGGUUCAUUUUAGCUUUAUGUAGCACUUUGUGUCUGCGGCCUCUCAGGUUCUUGGGAUCAUUUUAAAACCAAUGGUGCCAAUACCACAACAACUACAGAAGGAUGUUUUUAAGCGCUUGUCUUUGUUAAUGAGGCAAAACAUAACGAAUUAGCAUUAGAUUAAAGUUUGUCACAGAUGAGUUUCAUUUUGAAAGCAGUGUGAAUCCACGGUAUUUGUAUGUGAUACAUGCUGACUGAGAGCAUGGUUAAUCAAUAUAUACGUGUGCCUUGAAGUUGUGAAAGCUAAUUGAGAUUGCAGACGCUGUUACACGAGCAGAUUGUGCAGUAACAAAGACUUGUACUUGUUAAAGGUUAUUGUACUGUACAUAAAUUAUUUAAGGGAGUUUUCACCUUUAACUUGUCUUCCUCAAAGUGUGGUGCAUGCAAAAAAAAAAAAAAAUCAAUGGGUGUCAAUAAAUUGUUUCGUUCAAUCACA